AUGAGUUUCAAUACUCCUGAUGCGUUUAAAGCUGCGGUUUUAAACCAGCGCCGCUUUCUUUACUUUAUGAUGAAUUUCCAUGUCCUUCCCGAUAGAGUUAAAACGGUUUUUCGCGAUAUUGUUCCAAAACCGCACUAUUCCUACAUCGAUUCGGUGAAUACCGUUCUAAAUUCAUGGCUUACUAAUCGGAUUUCAGAAUCGUCAUCCUCAGAUCUAUCAAUGAUUAUGAGGUUAUAUGAAGAAAUUUUGAAAUCAGGCUUCUUUGACACUCCCAUUCCACUCAGUACGUAUGAACAGCUGAACAAGUCAAGCGCUGCCUCUAACACAGACACGAAGAGCGGACCGCUUUCAAUGGGCGAAGUGUCAUUUUCGAGUGCCCAGACAAUUGUAAAAGACUCCCUUUCGCAAAGCAGCUCCUCUCUUCCAAAUGAAACCGCACGCCCCACAGUAGAACAAAAUGAAGUCCGCGUUUCACCACCGACAAAUAAUAUGACGGUCGACAGCCGGCCUAUUACUGUUCAGAGUCAAAGCUCAAAUGAAUCCAUGGACAAUAAUAUCACGCUUCCUCCUUUGUCUUUACCUACUAUUGGCACAUUAUCCGAAAAUACGCUCCCUCCAUUAUCAUCUUCACAACCGGUUUACACAACUUUCCAAAAUAAUGGCGGAUUGAAUGCUGCACCCGUUCUUGCUCCGAUCUCUGCAUCACAACCUGCCUUGCUUCCACAAUCUUUGACGGAUGUACAGCCCCAAUUAAAUACUGGCUAUCCCCCUUCUAGUGUCGACACCAAUGCACCUCCAGUUAACUCACAACCGAAUAAGUCUGAUUUACUGUACGAACGGCCAAAGCUCGUUCAGCCCUCAUCCGCAUUCUUUAACUUUAAUCGCUUGGAUAAAAGAGUUUCGCCCUACCUUACACCCGAAAACAUUGCAUCUGCUAUCUUAUACGCGACAAACAACCGUCAACGAUACAGAGGAAAGAACCCACGGCUAAAUCUUUCUUUAGAAUUGCUUCUGAACCGGAAAUCACUGAACAUUGAUUUUAAUGAUGCGUUUGAUGAGGACCUACGGAACAUGACGGAUUGGAACCGCCUUUCCGAAGUGUGUGUGCGGUAUCCCACGCUUCCAACUUCAAGUAUUAAGCGCGAUGGUUCCUUUUAUAAGCAUCUACUUUUUGAACAAGAAGAAGCUCAAUAUCAACAGGCUAUUGAGAAAAGUCUUAAUAUACUUGAUCUAAAAUCUGAUGAUGACUGCGAGCAACCUGUUCUUGGUAAAGACGGCCUUGUCAGGCUAGAAAAAUCGAAACAAAACAAUGUCAAUUCUCCUCCUGAUCAAACACCAUCUGUAACCGUUGCUGAUUCUGUUGUCGCUAGUGUUACUGAUAUUGAAGGUCAUCAGACCUCUCUGACCAUGGGUGCAGCUGAUGUUGAUACUUUAUUUUUUGGUCCUCCAGAGCCCGUGCAUCGAACGGGCCCUCCAUUACAGCAACCCGAAGUUAACGAAACGAUUCCGGAGCCCCAAGAAUUAACUAAACGGACGCUAGAUGCGAGUGCACCUGCGACUGUCAAGGACAACACGACUGUCCCUCCCGAAAUUAACACUGAGAAGGCUCCGGAAAGACAAUCAAUACAAAUUUCUGACGACUUUUCUCAAUUAGAAUCGGAAGUGUUGUCGGCUUUGGCUGUAGAGGAUGAUGAUAUUCCUAUCAUUAGUUCACGGAAUCAGCCAUUUACUAAACCCGUGAAUCCGACUGAUGAAUCACCAAAAUCUAUUGUUGAAGAUAAUAGUUCACCUAAAGUACCUGCUAACGCAGUACCAAGUGACCGUCAGGAAGUAACAACAGGGUCAGCAAGCUUGUCAGUAUCUCCGACCCCUUCGACUGAGACAGUUCCACUUGCUGAUGGUAAUGCGAAUUCUAGUGCGGACUCUAAUGGUAGCAUACUUGGAGCAUUGCAAGAAUCCUCAACCCAGUUUGCGACAAAACCAAAGUCUAUUAAUGAAACCACUGUUACUGAGGAAGCGGCACCUUCAGAUGACAAUCCUAAGCUUCCGAAUAAUGAAAGCGACCCCGAUAUUUUGGUACCUGAAACAAAAAUAACAGCCGAAAUGCCUACGGUUACUCCGUCAAUUGACGAGACUGUCAAUGAUGAAAUUUCAGAACAAUAUUCCUCUCUUACUAAGGAUGCUGGGACAGCAUCGGAUGCAUCAAUCGAUUCUGCACUGGGACCGCAGCUUUCCUUUGCACCUAAGCCAUCAAUUUUUGAUGCCAAAGCUACUGCUUCAUCCACUGAGCAAGAUGUUGCUACUUCUUCAGUUUCAGAAGCCGAUAAACGGAAUCUGGUUGAGUCUGACACGACAAUCCCCCUCCCCGUUUCAGACGCAACCAAAAGCGAUGUUCCUGAUACUUUCGAUGACACCUCUGAAGAUAUUAUUCUUACAAAAGAGGUAUCUACUACACUAAGUGCAAACGAUACGAUCGAAGAAAGUGCCAAUGAAACUGACACAGGACCACUCCCGGUUGUUGAUUCAGUGUCCACUAUUGCAGAAAAAUCUAAAAGUUUCAAUGAAAUUGCAAACGAUGUUCAGAAAGUUGUUGCAUCCGAUGAAACUAAUGACCUAAUUGUGUCAGAAUUCUUACAUCCACAUGACUUUCAAGCAACUUCCACCCCUAAUCCAGUGGCUCUAAAGAAGAUUGAGCUCGGUUCAAAUCUGCCUCUAAAUGAGGAUUUACACAUUUCACCCUUACACUCAAAACAAUCGAACCCUUUGGAGUCACUAACGGAGACUGAGCAUAGGAAAAGAACGUUUACGGAACUCGCUGAAACUUCAGAUGACCAGGACGAACUCAGUAGCAUAGAUGGAACUUCAAGAGCUUCAUUGGUUUCUUUUAAACAGCUGAAGCUUGAUAGCAUUUUUGGAACGGAACGGGAGAGCAAGCCACUAACUUACCGACCAGUUCUUGAACGGAACGAACUUGUCAGCACCUCUAUUGCGCAAUCCCAAGACACAAAGUAUACCAGUAACGAAAAUGCCCGGUCGCAAUCGCCUUCAUUAGCUGACUCUACAGGUUCUAAAAAGUCCAGUUCUCCAACUGUUCAGUCCCAGCACCCAGGCUCUUUGGAGGAAAAAUUGAUGAUGUCGUCUGAAGGACAGCCCAGCAAGAAAUGCCAAAAAUUAACUAACGUAUCAUUCGAUGAGAUUGAACGUUCUCGCCAGAAAGUGUUAGAUACAUUCUCACAUGCAAAAACCGGGUUUCCUGAAUAUAAAUGUGUGUGGGUUGGAUGCGAAGCCGUUCUUCAUUCAUUUGAGAAUCUGUAUAACCAUUGCAUAACGGCACAUUGCAUUGAGAAGGAAGGCGCUUUCCCGUGUUUUUGGCAAGCAUGUAAAGCUUCUCCCUCAAAAAGCAGGGAACAGUGGAAACUUCAUGUUCACGUGCAUCUUAAUUCGCUGGUUUACAGUUGUCCGAUGCGAGGUUGUAAGGAAACUUUCAACAAUUACUCUGAAUUAAGCUCUCAUUUUGAAGCUCAGCAUUCACAUUCAGAAUAUGAGCCAAGUAAUUUUAUUACAAUCAAACCCACGGAAGAACCGACCGGCCGUUCUCGUCUGUUUGAUCACAGUAUGGAGGGAGCUCGAUUCUUUUUGGAAACAAAUACUCCUAUUGUCGAGGACGCCCCUCCUGAAUGGCAGCCGGUGCCACCUCCUGGGUUUUCUGGUGCACCAGCUGGGUCCACGAGCCUGAAAAAUAAUCCUAGGGAACGUUUUUGGAACACCCUUCGAAAAAAAAAUGUAUAUCGUGAUUUUGCUGGUCUUCAUCCUCCAAGGCAGGAAUCGGAUUCGGAUUUUGCACGGCCUGGAAAAGCCAAUGGAGUUCUGAGAAAGCAUCCUCGCUCUACCAAAACACUCGCUUCUCUCGUCGAAGGAUCUUACUAUCAAAAAAAGAAUUGGGAAAUCUGUUAA